AUGCUGGUCAAACCCCACCAAUUGCGAGCAAUCCCCUCCUUCCUCCUGCCCUUUGCGCAAACAUCGUCCAAAGCACGAUGUCUCCAUCAAAACGUUCAAGCCGCCCCAAUCCCCCCUCCCACACCAUUCGUCCCAGACGCCCAAACCUUCCUCACCCUCAUCGGCCGCGACCUCAGCAAACAUGCUAGCAAAAUUCCAUCCUGGAGAGCUCUCUUCUCUCUCUCCUCCGCCGAGCUCAAAGACCUGGGCAUUGAUCCCCCGCGAACACGACGCUACCUCCUCCGAUGGCGCGAGAAAUUCCGCAAAGGGCACUUCGGAGUCGGAGGCGAUUGCCAACACGUCGAGAAUGGCGCUGCGGAGCUGCGCGUGGUGGAGGUUCCCGCGCUGGGUGAGCGCCAACCCAUGGCUACGAGGACCCCGGGGAUGCGCAAGGUGAUUGUGAAUAUGCCGUCCGGAGGAGAUGUCAGUCAGGGGACGCCGGUCAAGGGUUUUCGCAUUAAGGGGGCGCAUAUGAUUGUAGGGCAGCAUGCGCUGCCGUUGGAGGGGGGAAGGGCCGCGAAGAUUGAGAUUAAGGAGGGGCUUUGGGAGGAGCGGAGGGGGCGGAAGAUUGAUGGUGGGGAGAGGAGACAGGCGCAGAUUCGGGCGAAACGGAGGGGUGAGGAGAAGAAUGCGAGGUGA